CCUGACCGGCUGACCCGGCCUGAGCGCGCGUGUGGCCACUGGCAACCAACACGACCAGCGGAGCGGAGCCAGCAACCACCGCCGCAUCCUCCCUCCCUCCCCGUCCCGGACGCUCCUCCCGCUGAUUUUUUUCUUCUUCCUCUCCUUCCUCCUUUCCAACUGGCAAGCAACCGCGCCCCUCCCCCCACCAACGAGGAGCGCCGAGCGGGACGGGACAGCCAGAGCGAAAGCAGCCGCCUUUGCUGCAAAAGCGCGCCGCGCACUGCUGCGCCCCCCUCUCCCUCCCUCUCUCUCUCUCUCUCUCUCUCUCUCUCUCAUAGCGCCUUCCUCUGGCUCCGCCGCACUCUUUUCGUUUCGGUUUCCCGCCCCCGAAGCCCCGGCGAAAUUUGAGACGCGGGCCAAGGCGCGAGGCGGCACAGCUUCUCGUCCUCGGCGGCGCGGAGGCGGACGGCUGCGUCUGACUCCGCGGACAUGGCGCCGGCGCCGGCGGCUGAACAACCCUUGGAGUAUGAGCUGCGACAAGAGCUCUCCGAUAUCAUGCUCCAGGGCUACAUUACCGGUCUGCGCCGCGAGUUCGAGACGAAGCUAUGUGAGAAUCACAACCGUAUCAGCACACUGAGCAAGAACUGCAAGGAAAACCUUUCCGAGAUCACCGCUCUACGAGACGAGCUGACCGGCAUCCUGGCCGCUGUGGCAGCUUCAGAGUCCAGUGUGCUCCCUCCCCACAGCAGUCUCGAGAAAGCCGAGGAGACGAACUCCCUGAAGAUGAAAGAUGACAAUGACAUCCCGGACUUUUCGCUCCUGAAGCACCUGAGCGGCGAAGAUAUCACGGCGUUUUUGAAGUCUGAAUGGCUCAAGCUGCGAAGGGAGCACGAGUACGAAUUGCAUCAGACGACUGAAGAGCUGUUCAGGCUGAAAAGGCAUUUUGCAAAGGAUGGAGCUGUGUUGCCUUUUAGGAAAGAGAGAGAGCUUGAGCUCAUCAAAUCAAAGCUGCUUCAGACUAUCUCCAAAAUGGAUGUAAUUAUCUCGAGGAAAGAGGGCUCUGGUUUUGAUCACAAUGAGGAUGAUGAGCUAUGCAGAUUGAAGGACAGGAUCGGUUCUCUGCUCGACGAAAAUGAACACCUCCGAGGUUUGCUCUCUGACAAAACAAAGGAAGCUAAGCAGCUCUCUGCACAAGUAGUCGAUGCGCAGAGCAAUGUCGGGCACCACUCGCUGUCCGAGUCAAAACUCAGCGAUGAGCUUGAAGAUCUGAAGAUUGAGAGCCACUUGAAAGAGCUAUUGGAACUGUCUAUAUUAAGAGAAGUGUUUGGCAGUUAUGAAAAUCAGAUUGAUGAUCACAACCAGGAGGAGUGCUUCCUCAGAGAGUUGCUUAUGGAGAAAGAAGAGCGGUUACUUACCAUGUCUGGGGAUAAACAUAAGCUCAAGUAUGAAAAUGACCAGCUUAUAUCUAUCGUAGGAUCAAAACUGGUUCAGCACCAUGAGGAAUUCGACUUGGUUAACGACGAGCUUACGAUGUUCAGGGAGAAGGUGUGUGAGCAAGAGCUGCUGAUCUUGGAGUUCAAAGGAGAGUCGAGCUCGAUGAAGAGCUGUCUGGAUGAGGCCUUGCAGCAAAUCCAUGUGUGCAAGCAAGAGAUAGUUGGGCUGACUGAAAGCUUGACUUCCAUGUCCCUUGCUUUGGAGGAAGCAAAAGAGCAAAAUGCCUCGCUUGACGCGACUAUUCGAGAAAUGAAGAGAACAGCAGCGCCACUCACUGACGGUCAUAUAGGGGAUGAUGCAGGGCCCCUAGAGCAAUUCACCCUUGUUAGCAUGGAGAUAUUGUCUAAAGCAUACAGUGAUUUCGAAAGCAGAUUAGCUCAAAGUAUGAAACAAAAUGAUAUAAGGUUGACUAGAAUAAUUCGCCAGUUCAACCCACUGGUGCAGCAAGUUGCUGUACUAAAGAAGAAGGAAUUCUGGUAUAAACAAAUACUCGAGAUUAAAUGCUCGAAUCUCGAAAAAGCAGAAGCUGAGGUUGAUGUACUUGGCGACGAGGUCGAGACCCUCUUACGUGUUCUUAGUAAAAUCUAUAUAGCACUUGACCAUUACUCUCCUGUCCUGAAGCACUACCCUGGGGUGACCGAGAUUCUGAAUGUAGCUCAUAAGGUGUUGCAAGGAGAAAGUAUUGAGCAAUACAACACUCUGUUAAAACAUUAACAUCACAGAUGUUGACUUGGACAGAUCCUGAGAAUAGCUUCGGGCAAGUUUUUGCAGUGACUUACAGGGAGGAAAACGAAGAUGUUAACUUAUAGAUAUAGUUGCAGUCAGAGUAGUAGACGGCAUUAUUCGAUUGCUAGUGUGACCAGGGUAAUUAUCUCUUUUCUUAGGUUUCACUUGUAUCAUAUCAGUGUGCAGUUUGUAGUUGUCGAUACAAAUCUGUAGGGUUCGCUUGUGUUAGUUGCAGCUUUCAGGUUGGAUUAUGGGUGUACCAUUUCUCUGUUUUCUGAGAAAAUUGGGUGAUUGUUUCUCUGCUUGCAGCAAGGCAGCUUGUUAUAGUCCCAGCUUUACUGUCAGUGACUGUGUAUAAGUCAGUCCUAGCUUGUAUCGUAUUGACUGUGUUUAUGUACUUAUUUGUAUAAGCUGUAA